AGGCAACUGCCUUUAAGUCAUAUACACAACAGUUGGUGCAACAAACAUGAGUAAAUAUGGCGUAUAGUGCAAGUAAAUAAAACGCGAAUAAACCGAAACAAUGUGGACUACGCACGGAUUUAUUUUAGUUUUAUUUAGUUUUAGUAUUAUUAACUGUGAUAUAGAAUUAAGAAUAUUUAGAAAUAUAGACGAUAACUACUCCUUGGUUAACUUGGGAGUGAAUGAACGAGUGGGCAAUAAUCUUACGCUCAAUUGUCAAUUAUCUUCGUCCAGCACUCAAUCGCCAGCCUACGAUGAUCAGCUCACAUGGGGGAAAUCUACUUCAGAGUUGAGUUUUAGAAAUGUGACCGAUUUGGAGACGUUGGCGAAAAACGAAUCGACGAGUCUGUACACGAUGGUCAGCCAAAGCGAUUUGAAUCAGGCCCAAAAGUCUUUUCUCCCGCUGAAAGCGGAGGAUCAAGGUACCUACUUUUGCGGUAGCCUGAAGUACAAGAUCUUCGAGAUCAUCUACAUUCAGGUAAGGGACGUGGGGCGACUGCAGACCCCCAACGAUCAGCAGCUGAUGCGCCCCUCGGGUUUACCCGGUUUUUGCAACGAGAAGAUGUUCAAAUGCAAGACGUACGAGGGAUGCAUAAUGCCGCACUACGUCUGCGACAGGAAGCCGGAUUGCAAGGACGGUUCCGACGAGAGCUACGAGACAUGUAAAGGUGAUCCUUGCAAGGAUAAGCUGCAGUGCGACGACGGAAGAUGCAUUCCCAUGUACUGGUGCUGUGAUAGGCAUCACGACCUCGAGUGCAACGUUACUUAUCCACCGACCUGCUGCCAACUCUUAUCUGAACCGUACGAAGAAUUAGAGUACGGUUACGUCCCUGUGAACUUGACCCAGGCAACCGGUAACGGCACGAGAUAUAUCUUCAUAUCUCUCUGCAUCCUGGCCACGAUCUUCUCCAUAGUUCUGAUGCUCCUCAUCCUCUCCAAAGUCUUCUUAAUCGCUAAGAAAAAUACGCCUUGUCGUAAUUCGGAGAUGUUCCAAUUCGAGGAGCGCGAUUACCACUACAGGCGGAGCAGUUGCGGCUACGUCAGAGCGGAUCGUGAAGUGCCCAACGAGGUGACCAGUGGCACCGUGGAUGCCCUGCUCAUCCUCAGCGACGACAUCAUUCGCUUCGGCGGGGAUUCCAACAUCGCAAACGAUGAGAGCAUCUCGGAAAGACCACCUUCAUACUCCGACGUGAUGGGCGGUGUGGAACCUCCUCCUCCCUACACCAGCCUGGACUGUUUGGAACUGAUGGAACAUCCGGAUCAAAUUAUUUAAACACAACGCUUUUUUUUUUCUUUUGUAUCCGCGAGUGAACUUCCCUAUAGCAGAGCGAAAAG